AUGAUAAACUCAUUCACAGGAGCAUACACCCCUGGAACCAUUCCAGAGAUCACCCUGACUGAGAAGGAGCACCAAAUUAUAGGCAUUUUAAACUCCUACACAAACUUUUACAAUGCCAGCGAGGAAGACAAUAGCAAACGUAUCACACUCAGAAUAACGGGCGGAUGGGUACGUGACAAGUUACUGAACCACCCUAGCCAUGAUAUCGACAUUGGGAUCGACAACUGCUCUGGAGAAUCUUUUGUGAUGGGACUCAAAGAAUGGCUUGAUCAUCAUAAUUUGGAUGAGAAAGAAAAGACCGAACUCGACUCGGCAAAUAGGGACACAACCAAAAUCAACUCUAUUCACAAGAUCAAAAAGAAUCCUGACAAAUCCAAACAUCUUGAAACAUGCACCACAAAACUAUGUGGAUUGGACAUUGACUUCGUUAAUCUACGAUCGGAACUGUAUACAGAGGACUCACGUAUACCAACGAUUACGACAGGUACUCCGGUUGAAGAUGCGCACCGUCGUGACGCUACUUUGAAUGCGUUGUUCUUCAACCUUACAUCUAUGCAAAUCGAAGACUUGACAGGAAAAGGGUUGCUGGAUUUAGCAAACGGUUUACUACGUACCCCGCUAGAGCCAACAAAGACGUUCCUUGAUGAUCCUUUGCGAUGUUUGAGAUUGAUUAGAUUUGCAUCAAACUACGGAUUUCAAAUUGAACAGCGAAGUCUGAAUGCCAUGAAACAAGAUGCGAUCAAGGUUGCUUUGGAAACCAAAAUUAGUCGAGAAAGAAUAGGAGUAGAAGUAAAGAAAAUCUUGGUAAAUAAAAGAGGGUUACUUGGAGUAUUAAAUGGGUUGGAGCUCUUGAGAGAAGUUGAUUUCUCGUGCAUCUUUGAUCUUGGAGACACCAAGGCUCUAAAUUUUGAUCUGGUCUUGACCGACGAGCCUUCUGCAGAAAACGAUAAGGUUUUAUUUUACUCUGCGUUGAUUCUACAUAAGUGGGGUUCUGAGAAGGUGAGAGUUGGAAAGAAGGAUAACUACGUGACGUUCUUCUGUGUCUUGAACGGUAUCAAGAUGCCCCUCAAAAUAGCCGAUAGCGUUUCGCUGAUCCUAAGUAAUGUGGAGAAGACCCGUACGAACAUGACCACAUAUAGUGGACUGAAAAGAUCUGAGCUUGCACAAAAGUUUGUACUCCCCUUUGGUGAAAAAUGGAACCUGAACCUUUUGGUGAACUACUGUUUGGAAUGCUUUGAAGAUUUUGAUGAGGUGGACAAGAUUUCAGAAAGAUACGGGACCUUGAGAAGGGCGAUCUACGAACUCGACUUGCAAGAGUCGUUCAAGCAACAGGUUCUGCUCAAUGGCAAGGAUCUGAUGAAGAUAGCCGACAAGAAGCCAGGUCCAUGGAUGAAGCCAAUCACAGAGCAGCUGUUCACAUGGCAACUUGACAACCCAACGUGUACAAAGGAAGAUAUGAUAGAAUAUUUGCAUACGAUUAUAUGA